AUGGUGUCGACUCCAUUGCACAGCGCCGUGCUGGAAGGAAACCUCGAGGAGGUCAAGUUGUGGCUCCGCGAGAAAGAUGCCGUGAACAAGCCGGACCUUUUGGGCGACCUCCCCCUCCAUGCAGUCGCGCGAUCGGGUGUGCAAUCGGCUCGGCGCAUCGCCUGUGCACUUUUGGAGGCAUUGGCGGACCUGAACACUGCGAACCGGUUCAACGAGACGCCAUUGGACACAGCUGUGUUCUGGAGCAUGAGGCAUCGAUUGGAUGGUGAGUGCAGCAAAGAGCGGCACUGCAAGAAAGUGGCCAAGCUUCUGCAUGAGAAGGGAGCCCAGAGGCAGACCACAUGGCUCAAUAGCCGGCACUGGGCAAACAUCCUCAGCCAACUGCAGGAUGUGGAGGAAGAUGUUGAGGAGAUCAUCUCUACCACUUCAGAAGAAGAGGUCGAGUCGCAAGAGACGCGAGCGACCGAGGCAUCCGAGGGCAUCGGCGAGAGCGAGGAAAAUUUUCCGGACUCGAGCAGCGACACGGCCUUCCAAGGCACUGUUCGGGUUGACUCGUUGCGGCCUACACAUGAUUUCCGCUGCAACUACUUCCGCGACGGAUGCCAGGCUGCCAGCAUUCCGACGGUCGCAGUAAAGCUGAUACUGGUCAUUCGUGUUGGCUUUGUAUCUCAAACCCUCAAACCAAUACCCUACACUAGACACUUUGUUCUUCGCCUUGGCUGCACUUGUUGUCUUGCCAUCGUGCCAUAG